AUAAAAUCAGAACAACUAGUCCUGAAUCCUAACCCCUAAUUCCAAAGUUAAGAACCCUAGGUUUAUGGAGGAAGACGAUGUAGAAGUUCUAUCAAUCUCCGAUACUAGCGAUUCGGGCGAAGAUUUCACUUGCGAAGAAUCUGAAGACGGAGACGAUAGCUUAUCUAGAUCUGACAGCGAUGAAAAUUCUCACGGAAACGACGUCGCACGACCAGCUGCGUGUGAGCAAAAAUCGCAGAAUGUAGAUGCUCUUUUGAGAGGAAAUCUUGUUGUGAAAAGGCAGUCACUACUACCGCGGGUUUAUUCAGUUAGUGAAAGAGAAGCUGUUCUCAAGAAGCCUUUUAAACCUCCUUGUGCUGAUGGGUAUUCCAACCAGAAUGAGCAGCUGAUUCGCCGCCUGUGUGCUCGUAAACGGUUUGUACCUUGGGGAUCAAACAGGCCAGCUUUGAUUCCCAUAACAAACAGGUUGAAUGCUCAUGUUUCUGUGGAGGCGGAAGUGCCAGAAGAGGUUACAAAGCUGCCACCAGAUAUUGAACCUUUGAUCUUAUGGCAGCCUGAAAAUUUGGAAGAUGGAGAUUGCAGUUUAAUACCCAUAGAAGUGGAUCAUAUACUUGUUAAGUUCCUCCGACCCCAUCAGAGGGAAGGUGUACAGUUUAUGUUUGAAUGUGUUACAGGCUUAUGCACACCUGAUAUUAACGGAUGCAUUCUGGCUGAUGACAUGGGAUUGGGGAAGACUUUGCAGUCGAUUACAUUGCUAUAUACUCUUCUUCGUCAAGGAUUUGAUGGAAAACCACUGGUUAAAAAGGCAAUAAUUGUAACUCCUACGAGUCUAGUAAGCAACUGGGAGGCAGAAAUUAAGAAAUGGGUUGGUGAAAGAGUUAAGCUUGUUGCUUUAUGUGAAAGUAGUCGUGAUGAUGUCAUUUCCAGCAUUGAUAGUUUCAGAAGUCCACGUAGCCGAUUGCAGGUACUGAUUGUUUCCUACGAGACCUUUCGAAUGCAUUCGUCAAAGUUUAAUGAUAGUGGCUCUUGUGAUCUUCUCAUAUGUGAUGAAGCACACAGGCUGAAAAAUGAUCAGACCUUGACCAAUAGGGCACUGGCAGCUCUUUCUUGCAAACGACGCAUUUUAUUGUCUGGGACUCCAAUGCAAAACCACCUAGAAGAGUUUUAUGCCAUGGUGAACUUCACUAAUCCAGGGAUUUUGGGUGACGCUGCGUUUUUUCGACGUUAUUACGAGACACCAAUCAUUUGUGGGAGAGAACCCACUGCCUCUGAAGAAGAGAAACAUCUUGCCAAUGAGCGCUCAGCAGAACUGAGUGCAAAAGUGAACCAGUUUAUACUGAGGAGGACUAAUGCAUUGCUGUCAAAUCACUUGCCACCAAAGAUAGUUGAGGUUGUCUGUUGCAAGCUGACUCCUCUUCAAAAAGAACUCUAUACUCACUUUAUUCAUUCAAAAAACGUGAAACAAGCAAUUGCUGAAGAUGUGAAACAAACAAAAGUUCUGGCUUAUAUAACUGCCCUGAAGAAGCUCUGCAAUCAUCCAAAGCUGAUUUAUGAUACAAUGAAAAGCGGGAACCCUGGGACCGCAGGGUUUGAGGGCUGUAUGCGCUUUUUCCCUCCAGAAAUGUUUGCCGGAAGAUCUGGAUCUUGGACUGGUGGAGAUGGAGCAUGGGUCGAAUUAUCUGGGAAGAUGCAUGUGUUAGCUCGUUUGUUGGGUCAUCUGCGUACGAAAACAGAUGACCGAAUUGUAUUGGUUUCAAAUUACACACAGACACUGGACCUUAUCGUUCAAUUAUGUCGAGAGAGAAGAUAUCCAUUCUUAAGGCUUGACGGGACUACAUCAAUCAGCAAAAGACAAAAGCUGGUCAAUUGCUUUAAUGAUCAGUCAAAGGAUGAAUUUGCGUUUCUUUUGAGCAGCAAGGCUGGUGGUUGUGGCCUUAACUUGAUAGGCGGAAAUAGACUUGUUCUGUUUGACCCUGAUUGGAAUCCUGCCAAUGAUAAACAAGCUGCUGCCAGAGUGUGGAGAGAUGGGCAGAAAAAGAGAGUAUACAUCUAUAGGUUCUUAAGCACAGGAACCAUUGAAGAAAAGGUGUACCAGCGACAAAUGUCGAAAGAAGGGCUUCAAAAAGUAAUUCAGCAAGAGCUAGCUGAUUCUAAGAUGCAGGGGAACAAUUUCUCAACAGAGGAUUUACGGGAUCUAUUUACAUUCUAUGAAGAUGCCACAUCUGAAAUUCACGGGAAGAUGAACUGCACACGUUGUGGAGAACAUACAGAAGAUGCCAUUUGUAUGGAUGAAGAAGAGGAUAUUGGGGGAUUUGCAGGCAUUUCUGGAUGCUUGCAUAACUUAAAACGCUCAGAGAAACAGGUUGGGGCCCCACUAGAAGAGGAUCUAGCUAAUUGGGGUCAUCAUUUUUCGCCAAAUACUGUACCCGAUACUAUUUUACAAGCAUCAGCUGGAGAUGAGGUGACUUUUGUUUUUACAAAUCAAAUUAGUGGAAAGCUUGUACCUGUGGAACCAGUGGUUAAGUCGAGACCAGAUGAUGGGAACAGGAGCAGGAACACGGAUACACACUCAUUAAAGGGUAAUUCGCUCAAAAGUUAUACGAUAUCAUCGAAACGGCAACAUACAAUACCGUCUGCAUGGUCCAAAAGUGGGCCCGCGUCCGUCAGAAACAAAUUAUCAACUUCUAUUAGGACUUCACAUCAUAUAGGAGAACCAAAAGAAAUAAAAACUCAUGUAGCAUCAAAACUUAAACCCUCCCUUGAAAAUUAUUUGCCUCAAAAGCGAUUCUUUUCUGGUCCGGUAGACGAUGAUGAUGAUUUUGCAUAAACAUUGUUCUACAUGGUCUAUAGAGUUCAUAUAAAAGGAAAUGUUGUAUCUUAGGCUGCAUAUAUACUCGAUCAAUGAAAAAAAGUUCUUGCCAA